GAGCUGACAGUAGAAUUUGAAUCGAUAUAAAAAAAGAAGAUGGAAACAUCUGGACUCGGUAGGGCCUGGGAAAUCUAGUUAAGGUGUGAUUGCGCUGAGUUACGAUGCAUUGCAUCUCCAUCUCAUGAGGACAAGGCAUAAUAUCAAACAUCAUCUCAUUCCACGCCAAGCCACAACAUCAAGCAAGCAAUAUGGCAAAAUCCGACUCUCAGAGACAAUCCGCAGCACAAAUAUUUGAAUUCGUCACUUUUGAAGAUGCGCAUCGUGCCCGAAGCUAUGCUAUGCGACAGUCAUGGCGGAAGAGGAAACAAAAGAUCCUUUCUCAGCAUCAAGAAGACAGCAAGGCAGGAGAAAACGGUAAUGGAUCAAAAGUGAAGCCCGUGCAAAGAAAAAGGCGUAGACCUUUGGCUGCUAAAAAAGCUAUAAAAUCCGAGGGUUUGCAUCCGGAGGAUGGAUUCCAGGCGUUGGUGGCCAAAGAUGUUGAUUGUAUGGACACCGACUCCGAGCUCAAUACCUUCCAUGGAGACAUUGAUAAUUUCAACUUUGGUGAUGAAAUGAUAUAUGUCCCGAAUGACUAUGAACAGUUCCUUAACAUGUCAGAUCAAGAUUUGCAAUAUCUUGCUAGCUUUGGGCAAGACGACUUGAUGAACAUAUAUUACGACGAACUCUUAUCUGAAGCUUUUCCUACUGUUGCUAUGGAUCAGAUCCUAUCACCAUUGGCUUUGGAUCCUUUUGAUACUUUCCCGAUCAGUCUGACAACCAGGCAUCAUGAACUACUCCAUCACUGGCUAACUUCGCACUCGGCAAUGGUGUUUGACACCGAGACUCCUUCAGCACUUAAUAUCAGCUUUAACCCCAUGCGGGAUGUUUGGUUUCCCCUUGAUCUAUCAAAUGCGGCAUCUUUCUAUGGCAUAAUGGCGCAUUCUGCGGCUCAUUUAGCCUAUCUUCAUGGCCAGAAACAUGCCGUUGAAGUCCUCAAAUACAAAUCCGAAGCUGUCUCGUUGAUCAAUCAGUGGAUGCAAGACGAGAAAACAGCAUUAGAGGAUGCGACUUUUGCGGCGGUUGUGAGGUUACUUACUUUUGAGAGAUACUGGGGAACAGAGGCAGUCUGGCGCAUCCAUCGUGAUGGACUGGAUAGAAUGAUCCAAGCACGGGGAGGACUCGCAUCACUGAAAAAAAAUUGGCGAUUAGGGCUGGUGCUACAAUUAAUAUCAUUGAUGUCGAAACCAUCAUGGUUCUAUCCGUCCAACAAUAUAUCCGAAAUAUCAGAUUCCUUCAGUUAUCUCCGCAUAACAGAAGAAUCAGCAUCUCCUUUCUCCGAACCCAGUACCCCAACCGGCCUAAAAAUAUACGGCAGCAACUCCAACAACUCCGAAAUACCAAAACUCCGCUCUUUAUGGCUCAUUUCUUUCAUUCAGGACAUGCGAAGUCUCAUGGCUAAUUCGAGUAAUCUCCAAUCCGUGGGAUUAUGGCAUUACCAUUCCAUCUACGAGGCUGUCACGAUUCUUCGCAGUUCGUUCCUGGAAAGUAUGCGACAUCCAGAGGAUGCCACAGCGAAUGUGCAUGAACAUGAUCGUAUCGCAUGUUUGUUUUAUAUUGGCGUUAUGAUCCAGGAAUGCGUUUCGUCAAAGUACCAUAAUACGAUUGCCACCGCUGCACCAGAGAGAGACGACAACGUCAAAUCGAUUUCUCCAUCUAAUCUAUCGAUGUGCACUGUUGACGUUGAAGUAGAUGAGAAAUCAUACGACCGCCUUGCAACGCUCGAUAAGGAGAUGCGUGAUCACAAAUCGAUCUGGAUGGCCUCAAUCCCGCAAUUGGAGGGAUUCUUGCUGAACCAUUUCAUGAAUCAUCUGGGAAAUGUGAAUAGAGCGGAAUAUGUACUUCAUAUGACCGAAGUAUUAACCUCUUUGAGUCGAGAGGCCCGGAACGGGGUGGAAAGGUGUUUACUAAACAUGUUUGGGGGAAGGUACAGCCAUAUUGAGUCCCCUAUUAGCAGCGGGACUGCUGCUGGGAUUGAUAAGGAAUGGACGGUUGAUGAGUUAUUGAUGUCUAUUCACGGUGGUUAA